ACUUGUUGUCACUCCCUUCAGGAAGUUUUCCUCAGUACAGGUUGGGGAUAUCAACAAAAUGAAGUCAAGUGGGUCAACAGCCCACUGAAAGAUGAAAAGGAGAGGAGGAGAAUAGGAUUUUACAAAUCAUUUGUCUAUAAACAGUAAGAUAAUUUUAGUAUGCAGAGAAAUCAAAUGUGCCCUUGGUCAUGUUGCAGUUUUUAUUUUUGUUGCUGUAUUGGAUUUGCUUCAUCCGUGGGAGAAGCUGGUGUUAUUGGCAAGAACCUCAUGAUGAUAGUCAUUCAUGGUACCAGUCUCUCAAGGAAGCGGGGCAAAGGUUUGAAGAUCACAUCAAGGCCCUAGAAUUUUUAGUGCAAAACCUUGACAACUGGGAGGAAGAAUACAUGGAAGCUUUUGACAUGCUGCUAAGCUACCAUGAAAAUAACUUGUGGGAGUGGCUUGAGGAACAUAUUAAGAAUGUCAGUGCAUGGGUCAACAUGCACUUUGGGGUCCUGCAAGAGUUUGACAACUGGUAUAUGAAAGCUUCUGACUGCAAGUUGGAAAAAGAUAUUCUGUUCCAUGAAAAAUGCUGGGGUGAAAGUAUUACUAAGGCUGAAGUGUGGCUGGAAUACCCAAAUGUCACAUUGCACAAGUGGAUGGAUAAAGCCUCCCUGAUGUUCUACAAAGGAUGGAAAAUGCAGAGCAGUAAUGUGGAGACUUCAUUAAAAGAAUAUGCUGAGACACAUCUCCAGUGCUUAGAAGACUAUGUCAAAACUCUAGAACAGUUGUUGAACAACUACACAGCAGCAACCAGUAAGUGGCUGGAUAAGCUUGACACAUCUAAAGAAGUGACUUCCCAAGACUUGGCAUGGAAUCUGCUAAGUCUGGGUCAGUGGGCAAAGACAUUAGGAAAAUCCCUAGUGGUAGCACUGCAAAGCUAAUGCCUCUGUGCCAUAAAAUGGUUGGAAAUGCACAGUAUUGAUUUAGAAGAGUGGCUGUGGGUUAUCAUAAAUUAACAACAGAAGGUGAAGACAUGGCUUCAAAAGGCAUUUUCCAGGACUUUGUCAUGAUUUUUAGAUGGCAUCUCUUGCCAUGAUACAUCAGAGGUUAUAAUAUCUUAAUAUGAAUAAAAUAUUACCAAACA